GAUUCUGCAAGGAUUUGUUGCAUUAACAGCCUGCCUUUUCAGCUACCAAAGGAACGUGCGUGCGGAAAAAAUUAUUGACGAACUAUAUAGAGUCUAGACAAGAAUAGAACGCCAACAAAGCACUCAGAAUAGUGACAAACAUUAGGACGUGUCCCACCGGGCAUUUCUCAUAAAGAUGGGGGCAUUUUUGCCCGUCAGGGUGGCUCUAACAGAGGGCUAUCCUAGGAUUAGCUUGCGAAGGCCCAGGAAGCGAAGGAUUCCAUAGCCGUACUGUGGUAAUGUAGACACCGGUCAUGAGUUGUCUAGAAGUGGCUGUCGUCAACCAAACUUCUCUUAAUUUAUUUGCUUAUUUCUGUAUCUUGAAUCUUUGAGAAGAAAGAUCCUAUUUUGUGUGGUCUAAUCACCUGAAUGUAUGAGAGACUGCGGUAAUGCAACGAUAUCAGUAUGGAGUACCAAUACAGCCGGAAGUGACACGAUUCUUGCGAACACGCUAACCGUACCACCAAAAAGUAUCGAUCCCACACCGCACAGCUGCAGUAAUUUGACCGGAACUCUCCCCCCGCUAAGGGAUCUAAACCCAGCCGGCUUACAUCACGGCCAUCUUCAUAUGAUCACCAACGGAAAUCACUUUAGCGGUAGUAACAACAGUAACUACAGCCAUACAGCACCUAGCAACGGACACGGCUCUUGCAACAAUCGCAACAGUAUUUGCAGUGCACAUAAUAAGAGACGGUCCCACUUGAACAUCAUGUCGCAGACAGGCGAUGAUUAUCAUUCGCCCAAUUAUCUUUCUUGGCGAAAAUUGCAGUUGAGUCGAGCUAAACUCAAAGCUUCAAGCAAAACGUCUGCUCUAUUGUCCGGUUUUGCGAUGGUUGCUAUGGUUGAAGUACAAUUAGAUGAAAACACUAAAGUACCGACGGCUAUGCUGAUCGCGUUUGCAGUAUGCACUACUCUUUUGGUAGCAGUCCAUAUGCUGGCAUUAAUGAUUAGUACAUGCAUUCUCCCCAACAUUGAAACCGUUUGCAACCUGCACAGCAUUUCUCUGGUACAUGAAUCUCCACAUGAGCGGCUCCAUUGGUACAUUGAAACGGCGUGGGCUUUUUCAACGCUACUUGGAUUGAUCCUGUUUUUGCUUGAGAUAGCCAUUUUGUGCUGGGUGAAAUUCUACGAUCUGAACACAACAGCAGCGUGGUCAGCUUGCAUAGUUUUAAUUCCAGUACUCGUUAUUUUUGUAGCUUUUGCACUACACUUCUACCGAUCGUUAAUGACACACAAGUAUGAGGUAACUGUGUCCGGUAUUAGGGAACUAGAAAUGCUAAAAGAACAGAUGGAGCAAGAUCAUUUAGAACAUCAUCACCACCAUGCGAACCAGCAAACUGUUUGAUAGGUCUGCGACAUAUAACAUACCAGCUGUGAUUUUUUGUUUGUUUGCAUAUAAGAAUCUUUGUUUUCUAAUGUUGGUUUUUUAUGUUUUCCUUCGUGUUUGCUUUUUUUUCUAGAACGCUAUCAAAAUGUUGUUAUUUGACAUAGAAAUAAACAAAAAAGAAGUUUUCAAACAAAAAAAAUGCAUGUAGCAACACUUCAUUCAUUUAUCAGGCACUUGAGUCCCAAGAAACUAUGAUAGCUUGUGUGAAAAAAUAUAUCUAUAGAAAAUAACCAUUUAUCAGUUUGAACAAUCAAAGUUUCGAGGCAUAAAAAAUGGUUUACCAAUGAAAAUAAAUACGAAAAUGUGGCGCAUUUUUUA